AAUUUUGGAUGCCAUUUUUUUGUGCUUAGGGCGGCAUUCGACUCUUAUUUUUGCUCAAUUUUAUUUAUUUGUUUGUACAUUAUGUCCGUUAACCUUGCGAAUAUUUACGCUGAGCUAUUACGUAAAUAUGGUGAUAAUUAUACCAUCACAUAUAGUGCGCCGCCUAGUUAUUUGACCAGAUUGGUGGGCGCGCGCGAGUCAACAAAUAAAAUUGUUUUCUUCUACAAGGAAGAUCGCAGAGGCGGCACCGCAACAACCACGCCCACCAAGCUUCUAUUGAAAUCGGAGCGUGGAAAAACUAAUACGGACAUGGAUCUAACUGGGAGCCCACUGAAAGACGAUUGUGUAGUGGACGCCAUUGGCGAUAUCUCCUUGGAGCUCCGGAUUGUCAACAGGAAUCCCUGGAGGCAGGAUGAGGAGUAUCAUCGCGGCGAGCUGGCCGAUAAGGCGCGUGCCAUUAUCUGCACCGAGGCGUUUCAGCAAGGCGAUGGCUUGGGCUCCGUUUGGUUUUUGUGCGAUGGCAGCGACUUCGGCCACACGCUGCUGCUGCAAUACGAAUUUAAUAAAACACACUUCUCGCGCGGCAUAGUCAGCUAUGCAGGCGUUAUGCCAUCCUACAUGGUGACAUCUCAGUCGCUGGUUCGACAACAUGGCAUGGCUGCAGCCGCACAGCUGGAGACAUACAUUGAGAACUGCUAUCAGGUGAAUCAUCACAUGACGCUGUGCUGCAGUUGGUCCACACCGGCGCCGCUACCGCUGCUCAUCGAUCUGAGUGGUUGCAAUGUACUACUAAAUCAAUCGUUUCGCGUCGGCGAUUGUGGCCCACUGACGGAAGACUUCAUGAAUCAGCUGCGCAUUUUGGCUUACAUACGUGAGGACAUCGUUAGCUAUCACAAGGACGAGCGGGCGGGCGUUCAUCGCGACCCGGUGUACCGUUGCGGCAGUGGUAUUGAUAUGGACGAGCUACGUGAAUCCAUAAACAAAACUAUGACAGAGGUUUCUGGCUUCACGGAUGUCUUUACGGACAAUCACGCUGAGUAUGACAUUGAGGAGGUGGUGCAGCGCGCUAAGCAACGGAAGCUUACGGAUUUAACCGAUCAGUUGUGGGAGUUGCUCAAAUGUUGCUCUUCCUUUAAGGAUCUGAAAAUAGCCUUCAACAUGCUCUUUCAAUGCGCUGUGCGCUGUAAUAUUGUGAACGCGCCCACCAAUAAAAAUCGACUGGCUGAAAUCAUCUCGAAUCUGGCCAACAGUCGCUUGGCCAUGCCUUGUCUCAGCGGCGCAGAGCCUUUGGAAUUGCUGUUGGAGAUCGGUUUGGAAAAGGUUUACAAGGACUAUGAGUUCAUCUUUACGGAAAGCAAAGUAUGCAGCACCAGUUUGUUAAAGAGCAGCAGCGAGUCAACGAAUGCAAAUUUAAAUGAUGGCUCCACAACGAAUGAUCUAUCAAAGCUGCGCAAAUCGCUGCACAAUGCAGUGCGUGCUGAUACCCCAGGUGGUGGCAUGCGCAAGACCCUGCUGCACCAUAGCGCUGGCAGUAAGCAACCGGGCGCCAAGUAUCAAAAUGGUGACGUGCCUGGUUUUAAGAAUAGCAACUUUGACGAGCAGGACAGCGUGUUGAAGGUAUCCAAGCUAUUUCAAAUACACUGCACGCUCGAGCAUCUGCUGAUGAUACACAUUCACUUAAACUUACCCAAUGUUUACGCCGACGUCUGCACUCAACUGUUGAAUAAGCAGCCACGCAUGGUGGAGAGUAUCGAUGAUAACUUAAGCGAUGUGGUGGACAUACAGCUGUCAGCGCAUUAUGUACGCGAGCAUUUGGAUGGCAAGGAGCCGCACUCACGCCAAAUAACCAUGAGGUCGCACAGCACAUUUGGGGAACACACAACCACGUUUUACUUUAAUCUGGAGAACAUUUGUCCGCCUGAGCUGGCGCAGUGCUUUCAGUGCGAUGACAAGGAGCUGGUCAAGGAGCGAACCUAUCACUGCUGGCUGUACCGCAAGAUUCGCACACUUAAAUGAGCAUGUGCCUGUGGAAUUGCUUAUAUUAAUAUUAAAACAUUAUGUGCGGAAUUAAUUUAUAAAUAUUUGUUCACCAAUUGUCGCUUAAGUUCUUACAACCUGCUUAGCGCACGGCCCGAAAUCAUGUCGUGUGAAUUCAUACAAGUUUUAAUCCAGGCAGUGCAGCAUUCAAUUGCCUUGGUUAGCGCAAGGCUUUGAAUCUUUUCUUUAUCCAAAUGUUCAUAGUACACACCUUGCGUUCACACGAUUCGCGUGUGUUUUGCUUGGCAUAUUCUAAACGAAAGGGCAAGCACGGCAAGGAAAUGAGCAUUUCCAAUCAGGCGUAAAGUAAUGCUAUAAAUCGGCCCAGGCGUGUGCCCAAUGGCUGACCAGCUCUUGGGCUGGCGCCAUUGAGAAUAGCCACCACCCCCCAAAAUGUUACAAUCCAAUUAGUGUCGUGCGCCACUUAUCACCUGGUUGUCGUCAAAUGCGCAACCCGAUUGAUUUUCAUGUCUCAGACGUGCGUGGAACGCGCUGCGGUUCGGACGUGUUUCUGUUUGUUUGCGAGUGCAAAAACGGAAUAAACAUAAAGACAAACAGGCUUAAAAAAAGAGACGCACAUCCUGUGCCUGGCAGACAUAAAAAUAAGUUAUCAUUUACUAAUACAAUUAAAAAA